CCUCCUCCACGGGUCAAGUCUCCUCCUGCUGCAUCGAUUGUUCUCCACCGGAUCCACGCCGCAGCACGCGCUCACCGCCAUGACGCCAGAGUGGUCGCCUGAGCACCGCCGCCUCCUCAGCCCCCCUCCGGCCGCGACAAGCACGCCUGCACCGGCCACCACGGACGCCGCUGCCGUGUCCUUGCCAGACGACGUCGUCUCUGACAUCCUCUCCAGGCUGCCGGUGAAGUCCGUGAGUCGUCUCCGGUGUGUCUGCAGAGGGUGGCGCGCCAUCGUCUCCGACCCGGGCUUCGCCGCCCUGCAUAGAUCUCGCCAGGCCGAGCCCCUCAUCAUUGCCAGCGUCUACCAGGAAUACCCCUGGGGAUCCCGCGACCUGCAGCUCAUGGACAUGGACGGCAAUGUUGUGAAGGUGAUCAAGGGCGGAGGAAGCAUCGGGCUGCUCUCCACAAGCAUGGACGUCAUAGUCUGUGUUACCGAUGCUUUCUCCUAUGACGCUCACGUGGUUGACCUUGCCACGGGGGAUGUGCUCGUACACUGCCCUAAAUCGCGCCCUCGAUCACGAGGCGGCAUGUUGACAUGUUUCUGUGGUUUCGGCCGCGCCGUACCGUCCGGCAUGUACAAGGUGGUCCGCCUUUGGUCCGAUCAAACUUGCGAGGUCCUCACCGUAGGAGAAGACGUAGAAUGGAGGUGGAUGGAGUCGUGUCCAACUAAGAUAAGUUCUCCUCUUGGUGUCAACGGCAACAUUUACUUCUUGAUCUCAUGGCAACUAGAUCGUGACUGCUUAGUUUGCUUCGAGCUCGAGAGCGAACAGUGGAAGGAACCAAUCAAAGGCCCAAUGAGCACAAUUUGUUCCGAGCCAUGGAGUAGGAGAGGAAAAGUUUGCAUAACUGAGCUCAACGGUUCUCUAUGUGUGGUUCAGUUGGUGGAACAAAUGACAAUAUGGCUCAUGACUGAAUCCAAUGAAGAUAGGUGGAUCAAAAUGUACACGGUCACAAUGGCCCCAUCCACCUAUUGUGCUAGGCUUCUGUGGGUUACACGCGAUGGUGGAAAAUUGAUCUUCUACUCUUGGCUGCAUGGACAAGCACCGGUACUCCGAGCUUAUGAUCCUUGUUCCGAGACAUGUUCAACGCUACGGGAACUAGAAUAUGACGUUGAGAUAAUUCGUCUUUGCAGCUUGCAGUUGAACCCUUUUGUCACGAGGAAGAUUUGA